AUGGCGGAGACGGACCGUGACGCACUGGUCGCCAUGUAUCGUGCUACCGGCGGGCAAGGAGUCAACGUCAACGACCAGGGCCGUGUGGUGAAGCUACAGCUCAACUGGAACAACCUCGCAGGCACGGUGGUGUCGUAGGACAUGUCGUUGCUGAGUUGCCGCAGCACAGCCCAAAACCUAUGUAUUGCACAUUCCUGAUUCUUGACAUACGCUUCACCGUGAAGUACACCAACCAUGUUUGUUAUCUCUCAAGAUCCUGUCGUGUACGCGGGACGGUUUCUCUCGCUUAUUUGCCAGCCCAUUUUGCCUCAAAAGGUCGCGAAUAUUGUGUGGUGUUUGUCAGCAGUAUAUUGGGGCAUACUCGUUUGGACGCGGGCAGCUUCGAUUUCCAAAAAUAAGUGUUUGGGUGAAGUUGACGCAGAGUGCCUAGGUUCCCAAGCUUGGGCGGCAUAGGUCCUGUGGUUCAAUAUGAUGUAGUUCGUACCUUGGAGCGGUCCAUGAAGUGCCGGCGUGUGACCAAGGGUGCGUUGUCUCGAAGGCCCGUCCCCCCCGCGAGUUGGCAAGCAAAUGCUACCCGAACGCCUUGCAGAAUACGUACUCACGAUGGCGUUGGUAAGGCUGGAAAGUAGGGUCCCCUGGCUACCAGAACAUGACCGCGCUUGGGUGGAAAAGGUGUCGUAGAAUCUUGAUGGGCGGGGGUGAGUAGGUGGCGUGGAAGAUUCAGGCUUUGGAACUAACGAAUAAAGUUGUACUGCCCCGCCUCACUACCUGUAAGCUGAUUGCAGCACGGUUAGACUUUGCGACAAGUAGGCAGGCGUUUCCUGGUUGUCGCCGAAGAGGGGAUUUCCUUCGACACGUUCCGCCCUGAACACCAUGCCAUGUUUGUUGUCUCUUUUAAGUUCCUGCGGUAUGCGCGAGACGUUCGUUGUCGCUCUGUUAAUUGCCGGCCCAUUUCGAUUCAUUCGUCGUACUCUGGAUAAUUCUCGACUCCGAACCAGUUCCGCGUCGGCCCGUCAGGCUUGUUGGCUGGCAUCAUUAAUUGUUCCAGAUCGCAGCGGUGGGUCCCAAGAGGUCAAGAUUUAUUUCUGCUGUACGUCAGCAGUACGUUGGAUCAUACCGAGAUCGUACUGUUUUGGAAGUGGGCAGCUUCGAUGUCCAACAAGUGUUGUUGGAUGAGUUUAUCGAAGACGUGAACCAAUGCCUUGUAGAACACCUUCUCAAGUUCGUGUGCGACACAUCCCGGAGGAGCUAGGGGGGCUGAGCCAGCUGCAGACGCUUGACCUUGACUCCAACCAGCUCACUGGUGAGAUAUGUGCCAACAGUGUCGCGUUCGUUGUAUCGGAACAUCGAUUCACUGAUGUACCCAUGGGUAAGUGUGUUCCAGAACGAAGGCAGUUGUCCUAGACAGUCAUGCGUCGAAGCCGGUGAAUCGCAACUCGCUACUUAGCUAGCUGUGGAUGGGUGAAGUUGACGCGGAGUGCUUAGGUUCCCAAGCUUGGGCGGUAUAGGUCCUGUGGUAGGUUGAACAUGAUGCAGAGUGGGCGAUUAGGUGUCUGCAUUUCGUCAAGGUCACGGCUUCUGUGACAGGU